UUGCGAAGAUGUGAUGAACAUUGUCGUUUUUCGUUAGAAGGCUGAUAGAAGUGUAGAUGCUAGAGUUUCUAUAUCAUCGAAAUGGGACGAGUACUUCAUCGCCAAUGUGGUAUCUUAAGGACAAGAUAGCGUUUCCAAAUCCAAAGGCGUUCGACCCAUACAGAUGUUUGACGGCGGACGCACAUGCUGUAAGCGAUGAUCGUCUUCGCAAUCGCUUCUACAUCCCCUUCUCCCGAGGUGCAAAUGUUAGUUUGGGAGCACGAUAAGAUAC